UGCCCGCCCCAGUGAUGUCCACUGCAUGGUGCAUGCCUCCCAGCAGGGUCACGGCGGACAUGGCGGCACCCCAGAGAUGGGCUCCCCAGUCCUAGGCCAUUUCAGCCCACGGGACAUGCUGCGGAGUCGCAACCACAUGCCCAUGGACAGCCCCGAACGGCGGCGCCGCACCGGCCACGGCAGCCUGACCAACAUUAGCCGCCACGAGUCGCUGAAGAAGAUGGAGAGCCCCCCGAUCCGUCGCUCCACCUCCUCGGGCCAGUACACAGGCUUUAGUGAUGCCCACCACCACCACCACCACGGCGGCAAGCCCCUGGAUCCGGAGAGCAUCGCACAGGACAUAGAAGAAACCAUGAACACGGCUCUAAAUGAGCUGCGCGAGCUGGAGCGGCAGAGCUCAGCCAAGCACGCCCCCGACGUGGUGCUGGACACCCUGGAGCAGCGGCAGACCUCCGGCAGCAGCGGCGGGGGUCCCACGCCGGCCAGCUCCAGCGAGUCCCUCAGCCCCAUCCACGGGCGUCAUGCUGAGGUCCACAGCCAACACAGAGCCGCCCAUCCCGCCGCAGCACCAGCUCCUCCAGCGACACUAUGA